AUGGAAGCAAACCCACUUCGCUCCAAUCGACCAGGACAUAGUAAUCCCAUAACACCUGUCGUCGAGAUCGGGUUACCCAUCGAGCAGCUCGACGUCAGUGGCGAUCGAUGCAUUGAUCUUUACUACAAGCACUUUCAUCGGUUGCAUCCAUUCGUUGUCCCACGGCCAUGGUUAGAGAGAUUAGCUCAAGAUUCGUCGAAGCAAAUGAGCAUGCAACCGUUGGUUGCAAUUAUGCGAUACAUCGGGUCUUUAUACUGUCAAUCACGCCAAGCUGAACGGUUGCGAGAAGAGGCGAACAACAUAUUCGCCAAUGGGCAACACCAUUCCAAGGACCCUUUUAUGAUACAAGCGUACUUGAUCAAUUCUAUCGCUCUUUACUGGUGUGGCGACCCUGUACGGUCCCGAGAGGAGAUGGACAGCGCGAUUCACUUAGCACUGGACCUGAGGAUGCAACACAGGGAGUUCGCAGCCACCCAUUGCGAAGGCGAUCCAGUUCUCCAGGAAAGCUGGAGAAGAACGUGGUGGCAGAUAUAUAUCGUUGACGCCUACUAUGCGGCGAUGAAACAUGCACCCACUUAUUCCACUUCCGAUGUUGAGGCUACUACUGAGCUUCCUUGCGAAGAAAGUGAAUACGAAGGCGGGACCAUUCCGACUCCGAAGACACUAGAUGAUUUCGAUUCCCGGGAAUUUGCAGCAGACAAUCACGUUUACUCGUCUUUCGCAUAUCUCAUCGGUGCCAUUCGGGGUGUGUCUAUGGCACUAUCUUGCGGCCUGUCGAAGAUACAAAACACCUUUCCGCCUCAGAUCCUCGAAACAGUAGACACUGUCAUUGAGGGGUGGCUCCUGCUGCUCCCUAAAGCAAAAAGGCAACUUUUCUCUCAAAGUGGCGAGUUUGAUGAGCUCUUGUUUCAGGCUCAUAUGGCGCUUCAUGCAGCGACAAUCGGAAUCCAUAGACAGUUAUCGGAGCUUCUAUUUGAUCCCCUAGAGAUCAUCUCAAGCUGCGCGCCGACACCUCCACAAGCAUGCACUUCAAAGCCCAACGAAUAUGAGAGUAUUCAUACCACGCGUUGUCUCAAAUCAAUCGAAGCUCAGGUACGACUUUUAGCGGUACCAAUGCGACAAGUCACUCAUACACCAUUCGUUGUGUGCAUGCUUGCGACAGGCACGAUUUCGUUACUAGCAGCGUGUAAGUUUCACUUGACCGGACAGAGAUUGCUGGUGGCUAGACACCAGAUAAGAAUGAGUAUUGGACAUCUCAAAGCACUAGCAGAAGUGUGGUUGCAAGCAGAGCGGAGUCUCUCGGAGAUUCAAACUAUUGCUCGAGAGGUAUUAGGUCAACAAAUCACACAACAAAAGCAAAUGCAGCCCAAUGAUGGGCUCAACAAGCCUAUGGCUGAAGAACAGGCCUCGGGAACGAUGAAUGACUUGUACCAAAACCCCGUCUCCGAUUAUCUGCCGCAGCAUUCGAUAGAAGGACUACAAGCAUAUUUCGAUCUUAGCGACUUCUGCGCUGAUCAGUCCUGGGUUGCUGAAUACUGA